CGCCCCGGCGCGGCAGCGAGGAGGCAGCAGCCCGCGCGGCUCGUCUGACCCCGCGUUCCCGGGGCUGAGGAGCAAGGGGCUCGCUCCGCGCGGCGGCGGCUGCUGCGUCCGCGCUCCGCUCGCUGCGUGGCCCUGGGCUGGGGUGCUGCCCGCAGCAGCGCCUCCUCCGGGAGGAGGGGGAGCCGAGGGAGCGGAGCGGCGUUUGCCGGGCAGUUGUAGAAGCUGAAUUGCAAACCCGGCAGCCGCCUCCUGCUUGUUUAUUCUCCCCCCCCUUUCUCCUCCUCGCUUCUUUAAUGAGGGGCACUCGCCUCCCUUGAAGUUGGGGGGCAAAAAUCGGAGAGCGCCCCAAGAGCCUUUAAACAGGGGCAAAGCUGUUCCGAGCAGCUUCCCUCCUGCGGAGCUGCGUCUCUUCCCGGCAGAACUUAGCAACUUCUUCAUCUCCCCACCGCUUGCCUUUUAUUUUUGUGUCUCUCUUCCCCCCGCCCCUUCCCCUCCCCAAGAUCUGCAAUGAACAGGACUCUUCCUCCCCCCAGCCAUGGGGAAUGGCGAGCCACGGCUUCUGGCAGCGCCGGGGAGGAUCGCCCGAGGAGAAGGGAAGAGUGUAUGUGAGCGCGCGAGAGAGCAGCAGGAAGAAGAAGCAAGCGGGCAGAAAGUCCCUGCUGCCGCUGCCCGCACGCAGCUCCAUCCCGCUUCCCCCCCCUCUCCCCUGCACCUCCUUCCCGAGCAGCAGGAGUGCGGGGGAGCAAUGAUGGCCUAGGAAUGAACCAGCGCUGCUGACUUUGUCCAGCGGCUUCUUUCUGUUCUUCCACCCCUUCCGACAACCCCGGGGAUUUUUUUUUUUUAAACCUGCAGCGAUCUCGGAGGGAGAGCCUAUAAAGAGGGCGACAGGCUCUUUGAACAGGGGACAGGAGAGGGAGGCUGAUCUCCCUACAAAAUGCGAGGCUUUAACUUUGCCGACUCUUCCUAGCCUUGCCCCUCUUGCGCUUCUCCGUUUGCACCCAGUGAUAGAUACUAAAUUUUUGCAACCUCUGGAGGAACUUGCGAGGAAUUUUUCUCGCUCCCUCUCUGCUGGGGAAGGGAGGGGGUUGCCUCGUUGUGUAUGUGGGGGGAAGAGGGGAGGCUGAAACUAUGGCUCUGACCAGCGACUCUGCCAGUGUCCGGGGCAAAUCCGGCCGGAGCAUUGGCGAGGAGAAAAGCCCAGCAGCAGGAGUAGGAUCCGAUUGCAAUGGGUAUUGUUGUUCUGAUGGGAAACAGCAGCAGCAGCCGGGCACUCAGCCGGGGCAAAAGGAAGACUCAACCUGCCAGCUCUGCUGGGGAGACCUGGUGCUGCAGAAAAUCUGGAGCUCCCGGAAACUUUCCUCGGCUCUCUGCGCCGGAUCCCUGUCCUUCUUGCUGGCUCUGGUGGUCAGGUUGGUCCGAGGGGAGAUCGGCUGCAAUCUGGAGGAGAAGGAGGUAGUGGCGGCGGAGGAGGAAGCAGCAGCCGCAACAGCUGGAGGAGGAGAAGCGAGUGGUUUGCCGUUGCCCCCAGCAGGGCUCCCCAGCAGCAGCAGCAGCUUCCAGCUGACUCCUUGGCUGCAUCCCAUCGCUUUGCUCUUCAGCCUCAUGUGUGUCUUCUUCUGGAUGGGCUUGUACUUACUGCGCUCCGGGGUCCGCCUGCACACAGCCGCCUUGCUCCUGGCCGCCUGCUGCGGGGGGGAAGCGAUUGUCCAGAUUGGGUUUGCGGUAGGGGAGGAUCACUUGCUUUCCUUCACCGCCACGGGGGUGGUGCUGAGCUGCCUGGCCACUGUGACAUGGCUGGUGCUGAAGCUGAGGCAGGGCGUCCUCAUGAUCGCCUUGACUAGCGCGGUCAGGACCACGUCCCUCGUCUCCUUAGAGAGGAUCAAGGUAGCCUGGAGACCCUACCUGGCUUACUUGUUCGGGCUACUGGGUAUCCUGCUGGCCAGGUACGCGGAUCAGCUCUUGCCCCAUUGCGGGGCGGCGAAGCCUAGAGAGGUCUCUGGUGCCCAGCUGGCCAAGGAAGAGGUCCCGGUGUUUAAGAGGAGGAGGAGGUCCAGCUCCAUGAUCUCUCCCGAGAUGUCCAGCUGCAGCAACAAGUCUCAUCGGAGGACCUCCCUGCCCUGCAUACCUAGGGAGCAGCUCAUGGGGCAUUCUGAAUGGGAUCACAAACGGGGGUCCAGAGGAUCACAGUCUUCAGGUACCAGUAUUACCGUUGAUAUCGCUGUUAUGGGAGAAGCUCAUGGGCUCAUUACUGACCUUCUGGCAGAUCCUUCGUUGCCACCUAAUGUGUGUACUUCCCUGAGAGCAGUGAGCAACCUGCUGAACACGCAGUUAACCUUCCAGGCUAUUCAUAAGCCAAGGGUUAACCCUUUGGUGUCCUUCAGUGAGAACUACACCUGCUCUGACUCAGAGGAAUGUCCAGAAAAAGGAGAAAAGCUGGCUAUUCCCAAGCGCCUACGGAAGAGUCUGCCUCCAGGUCUGCUCAGGCGAGUGUCAUCAACUUGGACCACAACAACAUCUGCCACAGGUUUACCGACCUUGGAGCCUGCACCAGUGAGAAGAGACCGCAGUGGCAGCAUCAAACCUCAUGAAUCUUCUUCAUCCAGCACCGACCCUUGGAACAGCUCAAUUCUGAUGGCCAUCACAAAAAGUAGGUCCUUCUCGGCCUCCUAUGCGAUGUCUGCUACAAACCAUCUGAAUUCCAAAAGGCAAAGCCGACAAGGUAUCCCGCCAAACAUUUCACCUCUCACCUCCCCAUGCCAUUCACCUAUUCAGGGAACCCCAGCCACCAGUCCCACUGGCAAAACCUCUUCUGUGCAAUUUCCAGACCCUACUGACACCAAGCAAACCCUGAAACCACCCAAGGUUUUAACUUCUCCUCAGAGCACACCUGACCUUUCAGAGCAGAUUAUGGGGCCCCCUGUCAUCUGUAGCAGCUGUGGCAGACCGUAUAGCCAAAUAGGUUCUGGCACUGGUGCGCUGGAUAGAGGUGAUGGAACAACACAUGCCCUGACUAGAACAGAUGAUCCAGCUCAAGCCACCUCUGACUAUGAAACCAACAACAGUGACAGCAGUGAUAUUGUACAAAAUGACGACGAGACAGACUGCUCUAAAGAACAGAUGCAGAAGGGAUCUGUCUGCAGAAUGUACACGCCUGAGACUAUCAUGUUGCACCCUUUAAUACCACCCGAGAACAAACCUAUCCUUGCCCCAGAGCCUCUUGUCAUGGACAACUUGGACUCCCUUAUGGAUCAGCUAAACAAUUGGAACUUCCCAGUCUUUGAUUUGGUGGAAAAAAUAGGAAAGAAAUGUGGUCGGAUCCUCAGCCAGGUAUCAUACAGGCUUUUUGAAGACAUGGGGCUGUUUGAAGCCUUUAAAAUUCCAGAGAGGGAGUUCAUGAAUUACUUUCAUGCCUUGGAGUGUGGAUACAGAGAGAUACCUUAUCACAACAGAAUUCAUGCAACUGAUGUUCUACAUGCUGUUUGGUACCUUACUACUCAACCUAUCCCAGGACUCCCAACAGUGAUUAAUGACCAUGGGUCAGCAAGUGAUUCAGAUUCUGAUAGUGGAAUCACUCAUGGCCAUAUGGGAUAUGUGUUUUCGAAGACAUACACACCUGCAGAUGAGAGUUACGGUUGCCUCGCUGGCAGCAUCCCUGCCCUAGAAUUGAUGGCGCUUUACGUCGCUGCAGCCAUGCAUGAUUAUGAUCAUCCAGGAAGGACCAAUGCCUUUUUGGUUGCAACCAGCGCACCUCAGGCCGUGCUGUAUAACGACCGCUCUGUUUUGGAGAAUCAUCACGCAGCUGCUGCGUGGAAUCUUUUCAUGUCCAGGCCGGAAUAUAACUUCUUAGUCAACCUUGAUCACGUGGAAUUCAAGCAUUUCCGCUUCCUGGUAAUUGAGGCCAUUUUGGCCACUGACCUGAAGAAACACUUCGAUUUUGUAGCCAGAUUCAAUGCCAAGGUGAACGAUGAUGUUGCAAUUGACUGGACUAAUGAAAAUGACCGCUUGCUGGUUUGCCAAAUGUGCAUCAAACUAGCUGACGUCAAUGGGCCUGCCAAAUGCAAAGACUUGCAUCUGCAGUGGACAGAGGGCAUUGUUAAUGAAUUUUAUGAACAGGGUGAUGAAGAGGCGAGCCUUGGCCUUCCUAUAAGUCCUUUCAUGGAUCGCUCAGCACCCCAAUUGGCACACCUUCAGGAAUCCUUCAUUUCCCACAUUGUGGGUCCACUAUGUAAUUCCUAUGACUCAGCAGGGCUGAUGCCAGGGAAAUGGGUGGAAGAUAGCGAUGAGUCGGGAGAUACUGAUGAGCAGGAAGAGGAAGAAACAGCAGAAAUGGAAACGUGUGAAAAUUCCGAGUCAAGAAAGAAAAAGUUCAAGCGGAGGAAAAUCUACUGCCAGAUUACUCAGCAUCUGCUUCAGAACCAUAAAAUGUGGAAGAAAGUAAUUGAAGAUGAGGAAAGGAUAGCUGGGACAGAAAAGCAAGGUCUAGAACAAUCCACGCUGCACCAAUCCUCGGAACAAAUUCAGGCCAUCAGGGAAGAGGAGGAGGAGAAAGGGAAACCCAAAGGGGAGGAGGAGGACACAGCUAUAGAACUGAACCAAUGACAAUAUUUUCAACAGUAUUUUAAGACAGAUUGACUUGUGCACAGACUCCUUUUCAAGCCAGCACAACAUUUAGACACAACACUGUAGAAAUAUGGGAUAAUGCGCCUACAGCAGUUUGAUUUGUUUCUCUUUCCUUUGUAUGGUGAGGUACAUUGUUUAAACUCCUAUGCUCAAGAAGCUUUCGCACUGCAACACUGGCUUUUAUAGACUUUCUUAAAGGGGCAAGGGGAGGGUGGAAUUAUAUACAUAGCUGGUCAUUGCCUGCGCACUUCAGCAAAAUACAUGUAACGAUAUAUUAUGGUCACUGUGAUAUUACAGAAGAAAGUUGUCCAAGGAAAUGCUGCUCCUAAAGCACAUUUGCAGUUAACUGUAAGGUACCAGUUAAGUAGAUUUUGCUCUUAAAGCUGAGGGAUAAAAGUUCCAAAGCUUUCUCAGAAUGUUAAUACAUCCUGCUAACAUAUAUGUGGGGGAGAAGAGGGCGCGCACGCUUGUGUGUAUUUGACUGGAUGUACUAUAAUGUAAUAUAGUUUGAGUUUUUAUCAGACUAGGUUUAGCACAUGGCUUGUGAACAAACACAAGGCCCCAAUCCUAGGAAAUUUGGGUUGGUGUGGAAAGUGGAGCCCUUCGUAAGGAGCUCUGCAUUUUCAGUGGCCAAUGAAGCCUCCUUUUGCAGCCUGGUUGCACCACUGUCUUUCAUCAGAAGCUUUGCGACUCUCACUGCUGACCUGGCUCCACUUGGCAGCACCCUGUGACUGAACUCCUAACCACCUGCCACGUUGGCACUUUCCAGACUGCCAGUGAAAGGAAUGUGCUUGGAAUCCAUCGUACCCAAAGUGCGGGUUAUUACAGGGCACACUUUGUUACUCCUCGUUAAAGAAACUGUGCCUUUGAAUGAGUUAGUGGUUUCAGGGAGCACUGUGUGUGUGUGUGAGAGAGAGAGAGAGAGAGAGAGACACCAUGCAUGCUUGGAAAUUAAUCACACACUGUCGCUUCAUCCCUCCCCCAGCCUUACAUUUCCGUGUGUCAGUGGCCAAACACAUUGUAAAAUGAAGCUAAAUUGUCAUCUUUCAAGUGCAGCAGGAGGGGAUAUGUGAAGCCAUGCAGUUCCUUGGGCUCCAAAGGCAAUGUCUUUAUGAUGCUCCCACAGAAGAGUGGGGUGAGGAAACAGCUGCUUGUCCAUGUUUGCUAGAUGCUUGUAUGCCUCAGCAGCCACCCACACCAGCUUCAGAGAGUGCCGUUUUUCAGCACAGGGUGCUGAAUGGGAGCAGUUUGCAGCUGACAUUCUGCUUAGAUGCAGCGUACUCCAUCCAUACUACUUUAUGUUUACGCUGGGGGGGAGGGGGGAGAUCAGGCCUGUAGUAGAGCAGAUCAUUUUUUGUUUGUUUCUCUGUCGUUUAAGCUGUGAGCCAAACGUCUAUUUAAAAGGUUGAUAUUCACUUUCAAUAUUUUAUUUCAUGAUAUUAUAUUUGUCAAUGAUUAGUUAUCUAGAUGUAAAUAUGGAGAAAUUUUUAUGGGUUCCUGUAGAUAAUGAAAUCUUUAAGAAAAAGGGGGGGGAAAGGGAAAUGUUUUUGUAAAGGUAAUUUUUUAAAAAACAAACCAUUUUUAUACAGUGUAGCCAUUUCCAAGCCCAUCAAAUAAGGUUUUGAGUAGUUGAGUAGUUAUGGGAAGCCACUGGUCUACAGGAGCAAGACACUGACAUAUUAAUGUUUGUUGUUUUGGGCUGGUAGCCUCAGCCAUUACCUUGGUAAUUAAGGAUUUACCAGAAAUCUUUUGGUCUCCAAAAAAGAAUCUGAGUUCAUGAUCUCCCAACAAAGGUGGACGAAUGAUGUACGCCAUUGUAAAAUCUGAGCCUGCAGACCUUAUUCUUCAACAGAGCUUGAGGAGGGCUGCUUGGAUGAAUAAGAAAUACUCACGUAAGUAAAGGUUUCAGUAACAGCCCCAUUCUGUUUUAACUUAAGUCUCUGAUCUCUCCAUUGCUCACCCCCUUGUAUUUACCACCUCUUCACAGUAUUUUAUUGACUCAUUAGUACUUCUUGGGAAAUAACAGAGAACAUUCUGUUUCUAAACCAGUCUGCAUAUGUGUUAUCACUUCUGUAUUUUUCUCCAAUUCAGUCUGCAGUUCGGGUCUCUUUGUUUCUUGUGGGUUCAUCUUCUCUUUAUCUCUCCUUCCCCCUUCAAAUAGUAGGAAGACACACUCCACUGUUAGUGACAGCAUGAUUAUAGAGCAUGACUUCAGGUGGAAACAUCAAUAGAAAGAGUUGAUUAAUGCUAAAAAAUCAAAGAUCAUGAUUUCAUUUUUUUUAAGUAAGGGAAAUUCAUAAUUCAAAAGCAUAAUUCUUCCAAAACAAAAUGGAAUGCCUCUCAAAGUUUUCUCCGAAGCACCAGCAGGUCUCCAACAAUUCAAGCUUGCACUGUUUCGAAGUCCAUUCAGUCACCUGUAUCUAUCACUUAAUAUUUUUGCACCAAUUAUAUACCAGGUUGAAGAGCUUUCUCACAGCAUUUAACACAUCCUUUAAUAUAACUUAAUAAAAAUCAAACUCACAGACACUAGAAUUUCACAUCCCAACUGAUGAUGAAAACCUAUGGUUUUAAGUGCACAAUGAUCAGAGUUGGAAAUUACUUUUUUAAAAAUACCAAUGAUAAAAAAAACCACCUUGGUGAAAACAAAAGCCAGGCUUCAAAGGUGCUAAUAAAUUGUACAGCUGUUAUAAUAAAGAGGGGAGGCAUUCCAAAUACAAGCCUGAAUUCUGCAAAUCUUUUACUCCUGCACAUAAUCCUGUUGGAUUCCUUGUAUAAGUAUGGGCUACUCACCCAAGCAAGAGUGCAGAACUGGGCCUCUGAAAAAGUGUUCUUUAAAAUGUACCUAGAGGAGAACUUUAAGUUAUAUCCUGAGGUGUCAUCAUUCUGGUUGCUACUCAGCAAUAUUAAAGUCUGUUUCCAAUUCAUUGAGCUUACUUCCUGUAGUGCCGGUGAGGCUGUUACAAAUUACUACAUUACUACACAAGCCUAUUUGUGGGUGCAGUUAGACAAACUCAGGUCUUUUUAAAUGAAGGAAUUGCUGGCAGGCUUAGAACAGGAAUGGUGAACAUUAUCCAAACUGUAGAGCAGGAGGCAAUACUAGUGAAAGCAAAAACAGCUGGGGCUGGUUAACCUGAUAAUUUGCUAUCUGUGGUGAUGUGCAGAAUUCGUAGGUAUUAGUAAAACACCAGCUGCAUCUAGUAACAAACCAGGUGAAAUUCUUGCAUGCCACAUUGCUACGAGCAGAACCCGACUUUAGUAGGCAGCGUCCCACUUAUAAAUCUUACCCAUUGUCUUUGGAAUUGUGUUUCCACCAAGAAAUUGUUAUCAGGAAACUUCCCAGGCAUGUUUUACCAGUAAAAAGUAGGCUUGUAUUAGUGUGUGCAUACAGUUUUGCUUUCGUUUAUAGUAGAUAACAAAGCAAAUAGUUGAUUAUCCAGGGAUUUAUGUCCUGGUCUUGGCCCAAAAGAGAGGGAAGAACCAAAACUUUCAACCAGAAGUUUCAGCAGCCCUUUCGAAGGCCAGGCCAUUUUGAUUUCCUACUUUCUACAGCCCUUUGGUGUUCUGAAAUCCAGAUAAACCACAGCCUGGGCAAUAACUUUGAAACAAAACCAAGUAAAUUGCAUUGCAUCAGCAGUGUUCAGUUUUCAGGUAGAAUAUCAAUGAAUGUUUAAAGUGUUGAUAUGAGAUUCCAGUAUGUACAGUAUACAAAUUAUUUGUUUAAUACUGAGGAAACCAAAGACCUUUUCAAGAAUGUUUCUCAGUAGAAAUAAUAAUUAAAAAUUACAUUCUUAUGGCAUUCCAUACUUUGGGGGAGGCAGGGCAUGUCUCAAAUUCUACAUUCUUGUUAAAAAGAGAGUGAGAAUAGGUUAUGACUUCCAAUAUUAAAUCAGAACCCUCAUUCCCUUGUUAAAUUUGUUUUCUCCAUUGUAAUCACUAACUGAUUUAGCAGUCUGGGCAGCCACCAUUGUGAAGAGAAGUACACUGAAUGGCCUUGUAUGAAUUACAUGGCAAGCCUUUCUUUUCUCCAUCUUCUGGUUAUGCUAUCCAGCCAGUUGCUGCUGGUUCAUCCUUACUGAUUUUAAAUCUGGUUUGUGGGUCAGCAGACAUGUAUUUUGUAUUCCUCCCCCAACACACAGAAAAUAGAGAUUAGAUAAAAACCCAGAACGAUUUAUCUUUCCGUUUGAAUGGUACCUACACUGAAAUCAUCCCAACUUUGAACCAAAACCUUCCCAUCUCUAGAAAUAACCAUUCUGAUUGUGCCCAGAUGAUCGUAAUCUAGGUCUAAUCCUAGUGGGAACUUGACUGCACACUAAAAGUUUUGAUCCAAUAUGCAAAACACCUAUUGCCACAUCUCUUGGAAAAUCAGCUGCUGCCCUUGAUGCAAAACCAGUGUUAGAUUUUUCAGGUGAUGGAAAUCCAGUGGCAAUCAGGGAUUCCAAUGUGCUCUUGAAAAGAGUUCAAAUCUCUCUUUUCUGUGGGUGAGAUUCGCUCUUUGCAGAAAUCUUUGGAAGUCUCAGUGCACCCCCAAAGCCCUCUUUUGAGCACUUAAGUGGAGUAUAGGCAUUGUGCUUGCCCUCUUAGGGGUGAAUUUCAUCUUCUGAGAAUAGCUCGUUCCCAGUGAGGAUAUAUUUUUUGUGAAUGCAUUUGUUAAAAUAUAAAGACUAAAUGCUGUAGUCCUUACUCAGAAGAAAUUCUGAUUGUCAUCAAUGGACAAAAUCCUGAGACUGCAUCAUUUCGGCGGUUCAUCGGGAAUUUUGCCCAACUAAGGGCUUAAGGUAGCAAUUUUCAGAAGUGUCCAAGUGGCUUAGAAGCUUAAUAACCAGAAUUUCAAAGGUAUUUAGGCAUCUAAUAAGAUUUUCAAAGGCACAUAAGCAGCUUAGGUGCCGAACUCUCAUCAAUUUCAAUGGAAAACAGGCAUCUAUCUCAUUUAGGCUUUUUUGAAAAUCCCACAAGAUGCUUGUUUGCAUCUUUGGGUGCCUAAAUACCUUUGAAAACCUGACCCCAAAGCCCAUUUUCAAAAGUGACUUAGGCGCUUAUGUCCCAUUCACUUUCAAUGAGAUUUACGCCCUUAAGUGUUUGUGACCUUCUGAAAAUGGGACUUCAGAACCUAUGCCACAUUAGUCAAUUUUUAAAAAUUUUUACCCUUAUAAAAAAUUGAGUGAAGAUUUUCAGUUUGCCCCAAAAAUAUGAAUGAAGCCAUUAAUAGGUAUAAAUAGUAAUUGCUUGCCCUGCCUUACUCUGAAUAGGGCCUUAACCUGCACCACUGACGUCAAUAAGAGCUUUGUUAUUGACGUCAGUGGGCAAAGAAUAUAGUGCCACUGAUUUCCCCAGGACUGCUCGAGAAGUAAGAUGCUAGUCAACAUGAAUGUGGUUGGCAGAAUCGGGCUGUGAGUGAGUCAGUAGCCAGAUUAAAGUACAGGGCAGCUUGCCAGCUCAGACCACACUUUACAUUCUUGUAACAAAGUAAGAUGCAAGCUGAGGUGCAACUGUGCUUUGAUUCAUCCUAGAUAUUAACAAUGAAAUAGAAACUAUGCAGGAAAGUUUGGUUUACACUGGGAUGAAACAAAAAGACAGUUGGCAACUACUAUGCUUCCUUCCCUCCAGUGAAGAAGAGACAUUUGACAAUUUUUUGGCAUAAAUUUGGUGGCUGGAUAUUACUAGUAUUUUUUUGCCCUGUGCAUAUUGGUGGGGUUGAGAUGCACAUACGUUCUGUAACUAAGCAUAAAGGUUUCUGUUCAAGUGUGAGUGAUGUGAGACAAGAAUUACUUGAACGUUUUUAUGAUACAUUGAUGGAAAAAUAAAUUGGCUCCAAGGCAUGCAAAUGGUUUUAUCUACAGCCAAGCGUGUACCUUUUUGUUGCAGCAGAGAACAGUCUAUACAGUGCAACUAGGGGCUGAGCACCAAGAGUCAUUCAGUCUUUCCAGCCUUGGAUUGGGAUAUUUGCCUGAAAACUUGGGUGUCCCCCAGCUGGCAGCAUAGUAUUGACGUAAUUAGUCCCAAAGUUGAUGGGAUUUUAAACAUAGGUGGAGACUGUUAAAUUGGCAACCCCUAGGAAAGAAAGGAAACCUAGUCAAGUUCCAAAUAGACUUUAUACAAUGCAGCUGGGUUUUACUUUUCAUUCAAAACAGGGAGUAAUCCUUUGGAGAGAAUCAAGCAUUGGGUUUCAAGUAGUACUGUUUGACAGUCAGUCAAACAUCAACAAAUCGCUAGAGACGAUUUUUCCCCCUCCCUCCCUCAAACUUAGAAGGAGUAAUCCUCCUUUACAUUUUUGUAAUGAACCCACAAAUGUAGGAGCCUUUUGACAUCUGAGUUAUCACUCUUUACAGAUUUGCUGGCAGCAUUUGUCAAAGAACCAGGCAAUCUGAAGGAGACGGGGUUGGGGGGAAGAGGAGAUAUCAUUUUUUGGUGUUUUUUGGACAGUAUCCAUCCCUCCGUAAGAAAAUAAAUUGAAAUAAUCAUAGGCCUUGUACAGUAGUCAGCCUUAAAAAUGUGCCAAUUUAUCUUCGACAAAUAGAGAUGGUUACCACUGUAUUUGUGGUAUUUCUUAUACUUAAGCUUGGCAAAAAUUGAUGUUUGUUUAUUUAUAGUAUUGAUGUUUAUUUUUAAGCAUAUUUUUAGAUUUUUAUCCACUUAAAUUUUCUCAGUUUGUAAAGUUAUAGGGGAAAUCAAGCAAUAAUUAUUUAAUGACAGUAACACCGAGAUUCAAAAUGUUAAAGUAUUAUAACUGUUAAAACACAAAUUAACAUCAUACGUCAAAAUACAUAAAGUAAAUAUCCUUAAAUCAAACUUUAGUAAGUUCUCAAGCAGCAUUUUUCUUAUCUUUCCUAUCUGUACAUUUUUAUUAUCAAUAGAAAUAUUUUCUCAUCAGUUUGUGUGUGUACAGGUGAAAUCAAUGUUUGCCGACAUUUACUGAUAAAAAUCAAAUCCUUCCAAGCCUACUUAUCUCUAGUAUCUAAAAUUGGCCAGUCUUAAUGGUGACCAUUAUAGUUGCAAUCAACCAACCUUGUCCGUGGUCUCCUUGUCCACUUUUUGCGAAGUAACUUAGAGACACUGGAACUAAGUAUGUAAGUCUGUUGUCAAAUAAGCCUUUACUCGCUAUGAGGGGAGGAAAAAAAAUAUAUGGUGCCCAUUUUAAUCCAUGUUUUCAAACGGCUGAUCUGGGUAAUUUAUGUUUUCACAAUUCCCAAUGUAUGCUUCACAAAGCAGUAUGUUCAUGGUGUGAAAAUUGCACGGUGGGCUGUAGCUGUUGAACUGAUCUCUGCCAAGCUACAUGAGCAACCUGAAAUGGUUCUUAUGAUAUACAGUAUGUGGGCGUCAAGACCCGCAUCUAGGUAAUGGUGAAAAUUUUGCUGCAUACAAAGUAUUGCAUUUUUGCAUUUAAAAAACAAACUGGGAGAAACAACAGCAGUUUUGUCUUAAAACUACAUCCAGAUAUAAAAGUAAACAUGAAGCACUCUGUAAUAGUCAAAGCUAAGGUGCAUUUGUAAAUGUAGUUGCCUUUUCGUUUCUUGGUUCAAAAAGUAAAUCCAGCUGAGAUCAAAUAAGCAAAAAGUCCUUGUGUGGUCACAGUAAGCCAUAUGCAUUAACUUCCACCUGUUUCAACUUCGAAAGGAAGCUAUCAUUGCACCUGGUAGCUGUAGGUGGCAUGGGGCCAGAGUCUGGGGCUAUGGACAAAAGAAAUGAUUUGAGGGAUUUGGAAGAGGUAGGGUGUCUACACAGUAGUUGGAGAAAUAUCUCAGGAUAGAACAGUCCAACUCUAUGCCAACCUUAACUUGGUUUGUUCGUAGUAUUGCUCUGAAGUAAAUGGACUUAAAUGUUCCAUUCUUCAACAAUGUCUUCCUUUACGACAAUGAACACUCACAAACUAUUACUUAAUGUGAAUUAACAGUUACAGUUUGCUUUUAAAUAUAUAUUGAAAAUAGUUGAGUUUUUCCCCCAACCCUAAUAGUUUUGUCCAAAAUGUAUAAAUGAAUCCAUGUCUGGAAUGUGAAAAACAAUGAGAAAGUGGUUAAUGGUUUGCCAUACUUGUACAUAAAGUUUUAGGUUGAAAGUCCCAUCCAUCUAUUAAUGCUUUCCCUCCUCCUCCUUUCAAGAUUUCUGUCUGAUCCUGAAGCAUAUAACUAAAAUCUAUAUUACAGCAAAGGUUCAAUUUUAAGUAUUUAUUAACAUUAAUACAGUACUACAGAUUAGUAUCUUAAAAGAUCAAAGACAGCAUUUGUAAAUGUUAUAUAAUGUCAGUGGUACUUUUAUAUUUUGAUUUUUGUUAAUAUAUAUUUGGUCAUUACUUCAAACACUCAACCUGUUUUUUUUAAUCAAUAUAAAAUGUUUGCAUGAGGAAAAAAGAAUCUUAAGUUCACAGUCAUAUUUUUAAAAUUGUAAUUCAUACUGUAGCUUUGUUUGCUUAACUGAUAACAUUUUCACUGAUGGAUGGCAGUUUAUUUUUGAUAGAAAAAAUAUCUAGUACUAAUGUUCAAACAAAUAUAAUUUUAAAUUUUUGCAUCACCAAAAAUACUGGAAACUAGUAUCAUUCAAAAUGACUUAAAGAGAUCAUUUUCCAAUAUGGUUUCAUCACCUGGACUAUAAAUGAAAUCCAGUGUUACUUCUAUAUAAUACACACACAUCCAAACAUGCCCUCCCAAACCACCCCAUUCAAUAUAAAAUGUUCUUCAGAAUUAGUUGAAUCUUGGUGAAUGUAAUUGAGAAAUCAGCUCAUCAAGGUCAAAAUAUUUUCUGAAUGACAAUUCUGGCGAGGAUGAUGUAGUUGAAAUAGCUUGAUCCUCGCUAUGCUUGGGGCCAAAUUCUACGAACCCUGGUACACCCAAAUCUCACCUUGAAGUCAAUGGAGGUAUUUGGCUACAAAAAGAGUAAAAGUUUGGUCCGUUGGGGGGAUGGUUAAUAACUUUGGAUCUUACCUUGUGAGGUGCAGACCUCAGCAUCUUGAAGAAUCAUUCAUUUUUGAUGUAUAAUCUAAUCCCUAAUCAAUUCUGGCUGCAAGUUUUUCAGUGAAUCACAACUGUGAUUUUAAAUUAAUCCAUCCAUAAUGUUUUCACUUGACGGGGUAACCUAUUUUUAUAAGGUAAUAUUUGAUACGUGUGUGUGUGUGUUAUCUUGGGGAUUCCUACGCAGCAAUAUUUUUAAAAAGAACUGCCAACCAAAGUGGCAAUGCAGAAAAGUGCCAUUUUGUGCAGGAUUUGUACAUGCCAAUUUUUAACACAGUGUUCUUUUCACCAAGUACUACAUGCAUUAAUUUAUAUUUAUAUAUUGUCAAUAUUGUUGUAACCAAACUUCUCCUUUUUAAACACUUCAAGAACAAGGCCUUGUAUUUUUAGGUGAUGAUCUUUCACAGACAGACUAAUUCUUUUCCUUUCACUAGUAUCUUGCACUCAAGACAUGUAGCAAUACUUAAUAUAUUCCCUUCACAAGUAUUUGUUAAGUGAUUUAGUUAAUGGCGAAUAAAUGUUUUGUACAAAAUAGAUUCUGUACAGGAAAAAAAUCUUUUAGAUAAACAUUAUUUAUUUUUACUGUUUUGUAAGUUAGACACUAUAAUGAAGCUCCUUUUUGCCAGAAUUACUGGAAGUGCCUCUUGGUAAAAUGUAUAAUACAGUAAAUAUGUAUUCAAAAUUAUUAGAAAUACUUGUCACAAAAUGAACAAUGUGGAUGUUGCAAUGUGAAGACAAAUGUACAACAUAAAUAUAAUUCUGUGGUAUUAGA